AUGCCGCGUCGGACAUACAUUCCGAAAAAAGAAAAAGUUGCACCGGGUUUUAAGGCCGCAAAAGACAGAAUUACUCUACUUCUCUAUAGUAAUGCAUCUGGUGACUACAUUACAAAACCUUUAUUUAUAAACCGCUCGUUAAAUCCACGAGCGUUGAAAAAUGUCGAUAAAUCCAAGUUAAAUGUUUAUUGGCGGGCAAAUAGCAAGGCUUGGGUUACACACAGUAUUUUUCGAGAUUGGUUUUUAAAUUGCUUUGUACCUGAGGUUGAAACUUAUUUGAAGAUUAAGAACAUCGAUUUCAAAGUGCUUUUAAUACUGGAUAAUGCCCCUGGACAUCCAAAAGACUUAAACCAUCCCAAUGUAGAAAUAGUGUUCCUACCACCUAAUACCACGUCUAUCAUUCAACCGUUAGUCCAAGGUACAAUAUCAACGUUCAAAGCAUUUUAUAUUCGGCAAACAUUCCAACUUAUUCUUGAUAAAAUUGAUUCAAAUCCUAACAUGGCAGUUACAGAACUAUGGAAAAAUUUUUCAAUUUUAAACUGCAUUACAAUUGUAGAAAAAUCUCUUAAAGAAUUAAAGCAGUCCACGCUAAAUGGCUCAUGGAAAAACAUAUGGCCGGAGAUUGUUGUAAAAAAUAAUGCUGUGCCACCAUUACAUGUGGAAGUGAGCCGUAUAUUAACGAUAGGUCAACGUUUCAGUGGAGAAGGCUUUGACGAUAUGAACGAAGAUGACAUUUAUGAAAUUAUGAAUGAAGGUACAGACCUCACCGAAACAGACCUAAUUCAAUUAACAACUGAAUCUCCAUCUGUCUCAAAUCUCGCACAUGAUGACGCCACUUCGGUAGAAGAUAUCUGUGAAUCAAUUCCCAGUUUCACUCUGAAGCGCAUACGAGAGGGCUUAAGUUUGGUUGAGAAAAUGAAAUCUUUCUUUGCAACUAAUGAUCCUUCGCUGGAGAGAUCCAACAAAAUAAUAAGGGAAAUAGAUAUUAAUCUAGCACCUUAUUACGAAAUUGAAAAGGAGCUUAAAAAACCACCCACCAAAAACUGA